AUUCCCCACACCAUCUCAGUCCCCACUUCCUGCUUCCAACAAACUCACACAACCCACCACCGAAGAUCCCAACUCCACCCGAAGCGGCAGCCAUGGCCCCCAAGGCAGACAAGAAGCCCGCGGCCGAGAACAAGGUCGAGAAGGCGGCGGAGAAGACCCCCGCGGGCAAGAAGCCCAAGGCCGAGAAGCGGCUGCCGGCGGGCAAGACGGCGUCCAAGGAGGCCGGCGGCGAGGCGAAGACCCGGGGCAGGAAGAAGGGCAGCAAGGCCAAGAAGGGCGUGGAGACGUACAAGAUCUACAUCUUCAAGGUGCUGAAGCAGGUGCACCCCGACAUCGGCAUCUCCUCCAAGGCCAUGUCCAUCAUGAACUCCUUCAUCAACGACAUCUUCGAGAAGCUCGCCGGGGAGUCGGCCAAGCUCGCGAGGUACAACAAGAAGCCCACCAUCACCUCCCGGGAGAUCCAGACCUCCGUCCGCCUCGUCCUCCCCGGGGAGCUCGCCAAGCACGCCGUCUCCGAGGGCACCAAGGUCGUCACCAAGUUCACAUCCUCCUAGACUGACGGCGUGUUGUUGGUUUCUGCAUCUGUAGUGUCGACUCUGCUUAUCUAUCUAUCUGCAAGUAGUGGUAGCAGUAGUAGUACCUGUGCUGGGUGAUUGCCAACGCUUUGUUGGCUCGUUGGUUGAUUGUAAGAACUGAAGUUGCUGCUCUGGCAAACUGAAAUCUAUCUAAGAACUGAAGUUAUCCUUCAGAAA